GCUUGAUAGUUACGGGGUGCUUGCAAAACGCAAAUUUUACAGUAAAAUGAUUUGUGCAAAUGGUUGGUUUCAAGUUUGCGUUGUAUUUCAUGUUAUCCUAACCUUUUCUCAUUUGGGAGUAUUGCUUAAUUUACGGAGUUUCUAAUGAAAUUUGAUUUGAAGCACUCAAAGAAGUUGGAGUAGAUUUAGGUUCUUUUAACCCAAUAUAAGACUACAAGUCAGUAGAUGGCCUUUGACCCUCUCAUGGAAAAGGACCUUGUGAAAUCAUUGUAGUUGUUGAUACACAUAUUGGCAUAUAGGUUAAAAGUGGUUCAAUACCAAUCAAUUAGUUCAGAAAAUGGAGCCUCGAGUGAAGAGCAGAUAGCCAUGAGCUUGUUUCUUCUCAUAGUGCUCCAGACAUCAAUGGCCGUCUUGUUACUUGAUGGAUAGAGGCAAACGUGUCAACCAUGUCGACUGUAAGCUGUCCCUCCCAUUGCGCAUUUAGAUUUGCACCCCGUAACCAAACCACCAAUGCUUUUGUUAAAAGCCCAUCCUCUAUUGCAUCUGUAAGGAAUAUCUCCAAGACUUUUGGGCUGAAAUCAUCCCCCACAUUUAGAGCAUCAAUGGCAGUGUACAAGGUUAAACUCGUAGAUAAGGAAGGCAAAGAGAAAAUAUUCGAUGCUCCGGAUGAUGCAUACAUCCUAGAUUCAGCCGAGAAUGAAGGAAUCGAGUUGCCGUAUUCUUGCAGGGCUGGAGCUUGCUCCACUUGUGCAGGGAAGAUGGUAAGUGGUUCUGUGGAUCAGUCGGAUGGUUCAUACCUUGAUGAGAAACAAAUGGAGGAGGGUUACGUGCUGACAUGUGUCUCAUACCCGACUUCAGAUUGUGUGAUUCAUACUCAUAUGGAAGAAGAACUUUACUGAUUGCAUUUGUGGUGUGGAAUAUGAGCACUGGGGUUUUAAUUUGUACCCUUUUAGUUUUUUUUUUUUUUUUGGUCUUUUAAGGAAUGUUUGUUAUGAAAAGCCAUCUGUGUGGUUGAUUGUUAAAUUUUCAAUGGUUAGAGACAGAAUCCUGCUGAGACAGACCGAGAAUAAUCUUGGUUAAAGAUACAUUUCUUUCUAAAUUUCCUUUUACUUACGAUGCCAAAUUGGAAGGUGAGACAAUCAUACGAAUUCGCAUUUGCUGUCUCCAUAAUGUUUACCUCCAGAGACUUGAUAUCUACUACCUUGGAUGAUUGGUUGAUUUGAGAA